AUGGCCAUCACCCACGCUAAAGGAUACGCCAUCGACAGCCCCAAGGACUACCCCAACUUUUACUUGAAGGAGUACGAGCUCGAGCCUCUCGCCGAAGACCGCAUCACUGUCGCCGUCGAGUGCUGUGGUGUCUGUGGUUCCGACCACCACACCGUCUGCGGCGGGUGGGGCCCCUUCCAGACCAAGUUUGUCGUCACGGGCCACGAAGUAAUCGGCAAGAUCGUCGAGGUUGGCGACAAGGUCACAGAAUUCAAGGUCGGUGACCGUGUCGGUGUGGGAGCCCAGGUUGGCUCUUGUGGCGAGUGCAAGCCCUGCAAGGGUCCCAACGCAGAGAACUACUGUGUCAAGCCCGUCCACGGUUACAACUCCCACUGGCACGAUGGCUCUGAGCACCACGGUGGUUACUCCACCCACGUUCGAUCUUCCGAGCGAUUCACCUUCCCCAUCCCUGAGGCCCUCGAGUCUACCCGAGCCGCUUCCAUGUUGUGCGCUGGUAUCACCGUCUUUGCCCCUCUUGUGAGGAACGGUACUGGUCCCGGCAAGAAGGUUGGUGUUGUCGGUCUUGGUGGUCUCGGCCACUACGCCGUCCUUUUCGGUACCGCUCUCGGGGCCGAAGUCACCGUCUUCUCUCGUACCGACGACAAGAAGGAGGACGCCCUCGCCAUGGGUGCCAAAAACUUUAUCGCCACCGCCGACCCCAACUUUGCCAAGGGCCACGAGCUCGAAUUCGACCUCAUCAUUGUCACCGCCUCUUCCAACAAGCUCCCCAUCAACGACUUCCUCUCCCUCCUCGACAUUGACAAGAAGCUUGUCUUUGUCGGUUUGCCCGAGGAAGGUUUGGCCAACAUUACCAGUCAGGCUUUGAGCGGUAAUGCUGCUAGCUUGAGCAGUAGCCACUUGGGUAACAAGAGCGAGGUCAAGCAGAUGCUCCAGCUCGCUGCCGACAAGAACGUCCAGCCUUGGGUCGAGGUUCUCCCCAUGAAGGACGCUACCAAGGCCAUUAAGGCCGUUGAGAACUCUACUGUCCGAUACAGGACUGUUCUCACCCAGGACAUCGAGUAG